GCCCGGAGUCGUAAUUUGCUGAAAAGGUCGUUUAAGAAUUUGCUGGCGUUACAAAUUUCGUCCAAAUAUGACUACCACCGUAAUACUAGGAUUGUUGGUUUUCUGGGUCAUCUUUCACUUAGCUGAUACAGCUGACUCUGACUACAGCGUGAAAGGACUGAAUUUCACUCAGAUCACUACCACAUCAGCAACAGUCACGUGGUCGCGUCCAGGUUCAACCGACAACGUUACAGGUUUUCAAAUCACGUACAAGACGGCGAGUGUUGAAAUGAGUGACGCAAUCGAUGACGUCACUGUAAUCUCAUACGAUUUGACUAAUCUAGAACACUAUACAACAUAUCGUACCUGUAUCUAUACUCUAUUGGAUGACGGGUCAGAGGUCAUAGGAGACAGCAGUUGUGACAAUUUCGUUACAAAGUACGACCCUCUUAAUUACUAUGCAAUCGCCGCCAUUGCUGUUGUGGGGUUCAUAAUGGUCGUACUAUUGUUUUCGGUAAUCGCACAGUCUCGACUCGAAGCCAAAGAACGAGCUCAGAAAGAGAAAAUAAAUCCAACUAAAGAUGACAAAGAUGCUUUAGUAUCCAAUGAUAUCUGA